UUAUAGUAUGACUGUUCAAAUUCUAACCCAAAUCAGAUGAACCAUCCGGGAUCGAUUGGGUGUAAAGUCGCUAUUCCCAUCUCUUUCCCUCUGCCAAGUACGUCCGCAGAAACCAGUUUCCAGGCAACGCCGUGUUGUAGUUUGUUUGCUUUGGUUGGUGUUGGUUACUGCCAUCGAGCGAAAUAGUGAGCGGUUGGUGUGCUGGAAGAGUUGGCCCUCGUCAGUCAGUAGUUUGAAGUUCGACCGUUACGCGCGGCGUUCCGUAGCACACGGAAUCGGAGCAGUAGUCUCGAAGUGUUCGCUGGGUUUCAGGUUCUCGCGCGAUCGCAUGUGUCAGUGAGGUUGUGUUGUUUUUCUUUUUUUGCGCUAGUGGCCUGCACACGUUGCUGAAUUUCAGAUUCUCUGUGCGGUGGUGUGGUACCAAGUCGUUUGCGUUGUGUGGGACGUCAAGUAGUGUUUUUCUGUCAUACUCCCCUUUUUUGGGGGACUUGGGGAUAGAAUCGGCAAACAAAUUUGAUGGGCUGUGUUUCUGCUCAGUGAGAUUUCAAAUUUGUAAUAAAGUUGUUAAAAAGAUGUUUUUACCGUGAGUGCUGGAAUUUUCUUUGUCUAAUAGAGGCGGCCCGAACAAAGCUGAGACGUUGUGCAACACUUCAAUUGGGGUUUCAGAGCAACCAGUCAAUCGACAUCAGCAAAUGCAAAUAUUCCUGGCGAACACGGGUAUUGAUUGUGCUUACAUAGCGAAUUAAACUUGCCAGUAGAGCGGCGAAUGCAUAGCAAAUUUGUUCCUUUUCAUGGAUUAUCUUCCGCUGGCCGGAUGUGUUUGUGUGGAUGUAUGUAACUGACAUCAGUUGACCUGUUGGAUUGCAAGAAAAGUUUCGAUUAUUCGCCACUGUACCAUCCGGUCGAUGCGAACCGAACAGAGCAGUUUUCGUUCGUCAUUACAGUUUUCGUUCGCGCAGCAGCAACAAUAACAAUAAAAGUAACGGCAUCAAAACGCGCUAGUCUGAGCCGGCAUCAUCAUUCCUCUCCCGUGGCCAGGUCCACAGAAGUCCAAAGUAUCCGUUCUUCUGAGCAGGCAGCGUUGCGUCCCGUCCCGUGGACUUACUGUAAGGGAUCAACCGUCCGAGUGGAAGGGGAGAAGGUCAACGAGACAGACGACGGCGCUCGAUAUAGUGAUACAUACAUUCAUGAGUUCGGCGGCGGCGGUUGCGUCGUCUUCUCAGCUCAGUGUGCCAUCGUAGUCAGCCGAUCUGCAGUCGCCCAGCUGCACUCCUCUAGAAACGAAACGAAAUCUCAUGAAUGUGAUAAUUAAUCAACCUUAGAAUUUAUUAAAUUCGUGUCUCCAUCGAGGAGUCGUAUCCCUGUAUUCAUUGUCUCGAGCGACCUGAUAGAGGUUGGGGCCUCGAAUUGAGUCGUUGCUAGAGAGCUCUACGAACGAUGGGAAAUUCAACGUCGUCACACGAACCGCUGGAACGGGGAUUCACCCGUGGGACGUACGGUGAUGUUAAGAAUACGAAGGCAGCAUCCUUUCGGAGCAGCAAACGCUCGCCGAAGAAGAUGGACCGUUUGCGGAAAUCGUUCCGUGAUUCGUUCCGUCGGCGUAAGGACCGGGUUCCGGAGGCGGCAAAGCCACAUCAGUGGCAGUCGGAUGAGCAAGCAGUGCGGUCUGCCACCUGUACUUUUUCGGUUAAGUACCUGGGCUGCGUGGAGGUGUUCGAGUCACGCGGGAUGCAAGUGUGUGAGGAAGCGCUGAAAGUUUUAAGGAACUCCCGGCGCCGUGCAAUACGGGCUCAGCUGCACAUCAGUGGCGAUGGCUUACGGGUUGUGGAGGACGACACCAAGGGACUUAUCGUAGAUCAAACGAUAGAGAAGGUUAGCUUCUGUGCCCCGGAUCGAAAUCACGAACGUGGCUUCAGCUACAUUUGCCGAGAUGGCACUACCAGACGGUGGAUGUGUCAUGGAUUCCUAGCGGCAAAAGAUUCCGGCGAGCGGUUAUCACACGCCGUUGGUUGUGCGUUUGCGGUUUGCCUGGAGCGAAAGCAAAGACGUGAUAAGGAGUGCGGUGUUACGAUGACUUUUGAUCUGAAAAAUUCAACAUUUACUAGAACCGGAUCGUUCCGGCAGCAGACGAUGACGGAACGGUUGAACAGUGCGGAUACCGCAGUGGUUGCUCCCACGCAAAAUAACAAUUCAUCAAAACCGGUAAAUCCGUUUGCAAUUGAGCGACCGCACGCUACGCCUUCGAUGUUGGAACGGCAGGGAAGCUUUCGGGGAUUCACACAGAUUGGACAGGCAUCCCCGUUCAAGCGGCAAAUGUCGCUGAGAAUUAACGAUCUUCCGUCCAACGCAGAAAGACAACGAGCCUUCCUGGAACCGACUACACCACAUCGAACAACUGUCUCUCCGAUCCCUGAAAUUUCUCCUCAGCCAACGGAUACCGUCAGUCAGCUAUGUCAGGAGCUAAGUCAAGGGCUUUCACUGCUUACUAAAAACGACGCGGAUGAUUUCUACUUAGACACGGAAGCGAAAAAUCUUACAGCAACUUCCGUUACUAGCACAACUACCGUUGGAAACUAUAUUAGAAUGUCAACUACUACUAGCCCAUCUGAUCUUUCAACCGCCAGUACGAUCCCUAUAACGUCCAUUUUUGCACCCAGCUCAGUAGCUCUUCAGCAACCAGUGAUUCCACCUCGGUCCAUCUCACCCAUGAAACAACAAACGCUGGAUCUCACGCACAGUUCUGCUUUAGCCGUGACCAACCCGAUCAUCGCCAACAGUAUAGCACCUUCUUUUUCAUCGGCGACCACAGUGGAAGCUGCCGCACCAAAAGUUGUCCCCGUGGAAACCGUUUCGCCACUGCCGAACCCAGAACAGUGGUUGGGCCAGAUAGUGAAGAAUGUUUCCCCGUCGCCGAGGCGAGCUCCGUCGCUGCACACUAGGGCCAAAUCGCUCAGCGCUGCCGAUCCGUUCGAUGCCGAGUGGGUUGCCGAAGUGGCCCAGCCGGAGCUGCAUAGUACUAAUCCGUUCAUCUCGCCGCCGAAACCACCCGCCCAGAGCUUCCAGGUGCAUCUUUGAAACUUGUUUCACGAGUAAGGUGCUGCGGGACGCGUGAACCGGUGCUUGGAUGCGUAUGUGGGUGUGUGUGUGCUGUUCGGUAGGGGGCGAGCGACGAUGUGUAUCGGAGAAUCUGGACGAUCGCUAGGCGAUAAUAGAUAAGACGGAAGUUAAAAGCCGGGAUUAGAGAUCGCGUAGUACUUACUCAAAGCUAAUUCCAACAUACUGAUAGCAUUUACUUUGGAGAUGAAUGUUCUGAUUUUUGUAGAGGAACUAGACUGUCACUGAUUGUUAGCUGGCUGAAUAUAUUCGCGUCGUCAAAUUAUGAAGUUUUUCAGUGCCACAUUAGUCAAUUCUAUCUUUGGAAGUCAGCGAAUUUUUAGUGCGUUUGAUUCCCUGACUGAAACUUGAAAAAUCUGUUUUAUACAUAUUAUUGAGCAAAAGUGACAAAACAUGAUAUUUUCUAUCCUUUAACGACGUUUGAAGCAAAAUCAAUGGUAAAAAUUGAUUAUCAAGGUAAAGAUGCCUUAUGCCUUAUAUGAGCAUAUUUUCCGAUAUCUGGGGUUUUACUAUGGGAAUGAUAAUUUUGUGCAUUCCAUCUAUUAAUUCAAGUUCAUCAAAAAGAUGCUAUGGCUCGAACCAACAUUUAACUUAUACUGAUCGGUAGAUCUAUCUCGGCUGUGGAUCUAUGACGUCUAUCGGUUCUGUUUGUUGUCGUUUAUGAACUUGCUGGGUGGACGAAGUAGUUCUAGGGACGUUCGCAUAGGACGGCCAAGUAGGACUUCAGCAGGUGAUUUUCCAUUUGGUGCACUCCGACAGGGUGUUGAUCUGUAGCAGCUUAGAAAGAUGUCGAGUGCCUCGUCCAGGUCUUCCCCUCCAGCUUGAAUUUUCUUGACAGUCCUUUUGAAGGUAUCAACAAAACGUCCCACAUGCCCAUUGCUUUGUGUGUGAAAUGGUACCGUUUUGAGAUGCAUGAUCCCAUUUGCCUUGCAAAACUUUUCAAAGGUGGUCGCUGGUGAGCUGCGGGCCAUUGUCCGUCACCAAAACUUCCGGCAUCCCAAAUUUUCUGAACAUUUUGCGAAGACUCGAAACAGUAGCUGCUGUGGAAAUGCGUUUGGUCGGAAUGAUUUCCGGCCACUUGGAGAACGAGUCCACAACUAGUAGGAAGUAUGUGUCGUCAAUAGGACCAGCGAAGUCCGCGUGUACUCGCUGCCAAGGUUUCUCAGGUGUAGACCAUGAUUCAAGCUUCGUCUUUGGGUCGGCCUUCGCAACUGAGGCACAUUCUUGACAAGCACGCACAAGGGCUGUGAUUUGAUCAUCGAUGUUUGACCAGUAAACAUAAUUGCGUGCUAAUGAUCUCAUACGAUCGGUACCAGGGUGCCCUCUGUGUAGUUGCUUGAGGACUUUUUGUUGUAGUUUCUUCGGGAUGACAAUCCGUUCACCGCACAUCAAAACAUUUUGCGCCAAGUACGCGCAAAUAGCUGCUGGACCUCUGGUGUUCCGGAGAGAGUUUUUGCGUCACUUGGCCAUCAUUUAUGUACGAGCUCCACGACGUUCUGCAACGUCCAGUCCUUGCUGGUCUCGACGGAUAUCGUCUUAAACGACACAGGGAGACGCUCGAUGGACUGGCAGACAAUGCUGCAGAUAACUGUUUCCAUCUCAAUCGAUGCAAUGGUGUGUUCUUCAUCGGGUUUAACAUGCGAGUUAAUUAAACGUGAGAGAAUAUCUGCAUAUCCGAAAAGGUCAGUGGACAUGAACUCGAUACGAAAGUCGUACAGAAGCAUGGUUUGGGCCCAGUGUUGGAGGUGGUUUACGAUACACCACGCUUUGAACCGAAAAUCGCUAACAACAGCUUGUGAUCGGUCUGAAGAACGUAGAUCAUUCUGUGGAAUUUUGUGAUUGCAUACACCAGACCCAGGGCUUCUUUCUCGAUCUGGUUGUAGCGGGACUCGGCUGGAGUUUCGGGAUACAUGAUAGAUGGCUUUCUCUGAUUCGUCUGGAAACCGGUGUAUGAUGCGGGCGCCAAUUCCCAAGUUUGAAGCAUCUGCACACAGUAACAUCUCAAGGCAAACCCUGGCAAGCAUCAGACCACUGAAAACUGUUACUUUCCUUGUGCAAUUCAUUCAGCGGUUGGCGAAGUGUGCGCAUUUUGCGGAUGUAUUUCCCAUGAUCGCACCCAUGUACGAUCGAAGCGUCGGAACAUCAUGAGGUGGAGGCAUGUUAACGAUAACCUCAACCUUGUCUGGGUCAGGGCGGAUACCGUCCGUAUCAAGAAGCUGGCCCAGAUACUUCAUCAUCGCAUAAAGAAACGACACUUCUCGAACUUUACCGUGAAUCCGUACUCUUUUAGUCUCUGCAAAACACGGUACAGAUUCUGCUUGUGCUCCUCGGGGAUGCGACCACCGCCCAGGAUGUGGUCGAGGUACGUAGAUGUACAUGGUAGUCCACUCAGCAUGGCAUCCAUGAUUUGAUGGAAAGCGCCGGGAGUGCUCUUGACCGCAGGGGAAAGCCGGUUGAAACGAUAAAGACCCUUGAGGGUGUUGAUCGUGAUAAGCUUCCUACUUUUUUCGUCGACAUCGGAUUGAAAAUGUCUUCCGGGAGUGGAAGUGGGUAAUUGUUUGAUUCGAGCGCACUAUUCAAUCCAGUAGAAAAAUCUGCGCAAAUACGAACGGUGGCUGCUGCCCAAUCCGCAUAGGUAGCUGGAGUGAUGAUGCCCAAUCUUCAAGUCGCUUCAGUUCAUCUUCGACAACGGCUUCCAUGUUGUAUGACGCUACGCUUCGGUUUGAAUACAGGCUGAGCGUCCGGUUUGAGAGUGAGUCGCACUAUCUGCUGAUCAGGUUGUUGGUUACCGACCAGCAUGUAGAAGCUUGUAGAAGGACGAAAAUGGUACGUCCCAGAACCCAAACUCAUUAAUCAGAUCGGAGCCUAAAACAUUCAGGGAAAGGUCAGCUUAACAAAUAUAACAGUUACCUUUCUGUUGAGUUCCUCCGAUAGUGUACGUUGCUCGGAACAUGGCUUCUAUGCCCAAUCUAUCUCUUGAAGCUGUCUGUACUUGAUAAUCUCGUGGAGAUGUCUUUGGGGCUCCGACAAUGAUCCAGUUUCGUCUGGAUAUGAUGGUUAUGUCUGAGCCGGAGUCCAGCUGCAGUUCAACUGGUACUCCGUUAAUCGCUGUCUCCAAAUAACGCUGGCCGCGCUUCAAAUUGCUGACGGUUACAAUUUUGGCUGCGUGGUUUUUGUUUUGCUGCAUUAGCACAGUGUCUCGCUUCAAGUUUAUUAAACUUUUGCACUCCUCCAUCACCUUUUCCAGUGUGAUGUCCUGCGUCUCAUUGAUUUUGGAAAGCAGGUGCAUUCGUAUGUACGCGUCUUUAGAUGAUCUCAGGCCGUACACAAAGAUUAAACAUUUGAACUGUCCUCCUUCAGCUCUUGUAGCUUGAAAUCGGCACAAACUCGGUUCACUUCGCAGGAGUACGUUCUCUUCUUUCGCCGUCUGUAGGCACUGGUACCGGCGAUGAAAAGUGGAAACCGGACUGCCGAAAAUUGUUCAAAUAAUGAAUGAAGUGUAUCUUUCAUGUGUAACAGGGUUGAGUUUUCGGAGCAGCUGUCGUCGUCCAGCUGAGUUGCGUCUUUUUCGAAAAGGUCUGCAUAUCUGGAGAACCAGGUGUCGAAAGAACAUCCUGUCUCCGGAUCGUAAGCGAAUUCGUUAAUAUUGCUCGCUAAAGAACCAGCUCGUUCCGACUUGUGCUCUGGACGUUGCCUUGUAUGUUCGUCAUGUGUUCUGCCAUUCGGGCCAAUAGCAUAUGUUUCCUUGAAUGGCUGAUCCGUGCUGGAACCUGUUAAUGAUGCCGAUUGUGACGAUUACAUCCGCUUCGAUGACAACUGCCGCUUGAUAAUUGUCGAUUGGUAGUUGUCGGUUGACAACUGUCGGGUGAAAGGCGCGAGCGUGCGAAGAAUAGGGUCGCACCCCAACAGUCCUGACGGGAAGCAAAGCUCUUUCGGCUUAUCCUCCACAGUGAGAGUGGCUGGUGCCUUUGGAAUCUUUGCGGUUAGCCAGGGAAACGAAAUUCUACACCUAUAUAAACCGACAAGUGGUGCACAUUAUUUUUGCAAAAACAACGCUUUCAACAGUUGAUAAAAAUUAAUUCGAUAAUUUUCGAAGCAUCUCUAUGUCGAUGUGUUUGGUUUGCAUCAACCCGCUCCGAUCGUACAUGGCUAUUUUUUCUUAUGCAAUACUAUUCGCUGCGUUUGCUUUAAUCCUAAUCUUGAAUAUAGUCUGCGAUGGUAGAUACGUGCUACCAGUUAUACAAAUUCUUUCACAUCAACAACAACAGUGACAAAGUUUAGUUCGAUGCACAAUAGAAAA